UUAAAAUACUUUACCACUAGGCCUUGCUGUUUGCUGCAGCUACGGAUUAGUAAUAAGAGUCAGCUGAUUGCUCUACAUGAGUCUGACUCUUAUUAUUCUUAAAUUGUGCCCAUUUUUGUGUUGUUGUAGAUUUACCCAUAAUUCCAUAGGUAAUUGACGCAGCAUUCUUAUGUGUACUAAGCCAUUACAAAUUACCAUAAAAGGCAGUUGUCAUGGAGGACCUUUACACCGCAAACGCAGAGGAAAUCCGAAAAGACCUAAUAUCACGUGGCACACGUACAUACAACACACCAGAUAAGACUUUGCCAGUUAUUAUGGGGCGUAUGCAAAAGAUGAAGUUUGAUAGUGGUGUGGAAUUAGAUGUUAAUAAAGAGCUUGAAGCUAAAGACCAAGAGAUUGAGAAACUGAAGUUAGAUGUGGAACGCUGCUCGGAGCAAGUAUACCAAGUCAUGCGAAUGAACACCAAUUGGCAGCGUUACAACGACCAACGUGAGGUGAAAGAUCAAGAAAGAGAGAGAGAGCGCGCUGUUAUGAUCCAACAAAUUAAAUUUCUGAAGGAACAUGUGGCAAUGUCAGAGCAAAAGAUAAUGGACAUGAAAUCAGUUUACAAAUCCAUGAGUGAGGACAGUGUGUUGCGAGCCGAGAAUAAUGAAUUAAGAAAACAGUUAGAAAUAAAAGAAGCAGAAAAUCGAAGAUUGAAGGGCGACUUGCAGCGUAACCAAUCUGAAGAAGACAAGACAAAGAUUGAGUUCCUUCAGCAGCAAGUGAAUGUCUAUGUGGAGGAUUUCAGAAAGGAACGAGAAGAUCGGGAAGCAAUACAGGCAAAAUAUGAUUCAACAAGAUCAGAGUUAUUGGAAGCACAACGAACAAUUGACACGCUUACA